AUGUCCGCUCUCUAUCCCAGCCUGAAUGGGAAGAAUGUGGUCGUUUCAGGCGGAGCCGAUGGGAUUGGCGCUGCAACGGUCAAACUCUUCGCCCUUCAAGGAUGCCAGGUCUUCUUCUUAGACAUCUCGAAAGAGAAGGCAGACAAGGUUAUCAAUGAUAUCAAACAAAUCAAUGAGGCAAACGCCCCCGGUCGUCCGGCGGUAAAAACUCCCAUAUUCUACGAAUGCGACGUGACCGAUCUGCUCUUACUGGAAAGCAUCGCGAAGGACAUCCUGCACAAGCACGAGAUAGUCCACGUGCUAGUCAACAACGCGGCCGCUCCCGGGAACAAGGCCAGGCAAAUGACUCCUGAAGUCACCCUCGAAGACUGGGACUUCAACGUCAAUACCAACCUCCGACACGUAUUCUUCCUCACGAAGGCCCUUGCGCCUACUAUGUUGAGCUACGGUGGGGGGAGUAUCAUCAACCUGGGAUCCAUCACUUGGCGCAUCCCCGCCAGUGGGACUCCAGUCUACGCGGCAUGCAAAGCGGCGAUAAUGGGCUUGACUCGCUCUCAGAGUAAAGAGUUUGGGGCCCGCAAUGUCCGUGUGAAUAGUGUGAUGCCCGGCGCAAUCGCAACUUCGAACCAGAUUGAGCAGGUCUACAAGCCAUCGCCGGAGUAUCAUGCCGAAGUCAUCCAGUCACAAAGCUUGAAGCGGGAUUUGCAGCCGGAAGAUGUUGCCAAAGUUAUUGUUUUUCUGGGAAGCGACGAGGCCAGUGCCGUCACGGGAAGCUCGUAUGUUGUUGAUGGCGGCUGGACAAGCGACCCAUAG